AUAUUGGUACAUUUUACUGAAGCCUACAUGAUAUUUUAUUAUAGCAAAUGUGAUUCUCAUAAGGAUAUAAAUAUAUCAAACGUGCCAUCGUGAGAUAGUUGUGCAAAAUGAUGCAGAAAUUCAGCCAACUAAUUAUCACAUUACAGAUAAUAGGGAUGAUUGUCGACACUCAAUCUGAGUUACCGUGUAAAAUUUACAAUUAUGAUAAUGCUGACUGUUCCAGCCGUUUAUUGACAACUUUUCCGAAAGACUUACCUUUAAAUGUUACACACAUUAACCUCCAGUUUAACAAUAUUGAAGAGCUGAACAAACCAAUAUUGCGCUAUAAGAAACUCGAAAAACUUAACUUACGUAAAAAUAAAAUUACGUUUGUAAGCAAAGUUUUUAUUAACAGUCUGGCAUCUCUGAAGUACCUCGAUUUAUCACUCAAUAAAUUGAACGGCGAUUGUUUACACAUUUCCUCUCUCACUAAUAUAUUACACAUUGAUAUAUCAUCUUCUGGAAUAGAUGAAGUGUUCUUUAAAAAGCGGCCAUUUAAGAAUUUAAGAACAUUGAACACCCUUAUCGUGCGAAACAAUCGACUUAAUAGAAUACCAGCUGGUGCAUUCCAGGGAUUGGAAGGCUCGCUUGAACACUUAGAUCUUUCGAAUAACGAUAUUCACAUUUUACCUGCUGAAAUUUCGAAGUUGCAGUUCCUGAACAAGCUUGUGCUGAGCUUCAAUCCUCUAGGACGCCAGUCUAAUUUCAAACUACCAACAACCUUUAAUAAUUUAAUGAAUUUAAGAUAUCUAUACUUGUCUUCGUGUGAAAUUCACACUUUGAGUAAAGACAGUUUUCUCCCGAUUCUCGAUUAUAAUAUUACUCUUUUAAAUCUUGCAAAAAAUAACUUUCGAUGUCUAAAUGGUUCACUUAAUGUUGCAAACAUUGAUAUUCUGAACCUGACGUCAACCGAUAUAUCAACUACGUAUGGGCUUCAAGGGGUUAACAUUCGUCAGUUAUCACUAACCAAUUGUACACGUUUGAUUAAAGAUGGGGUUCUCCAAAUGAACAUUAUGAAGGGUCUCUGUCAAAGUGGAUUAGAAUCCAUCGAUCUUUCGUGGAAUGGCAUAAAAGUGGUCGAAACUGGAGCUCUUUCAUGCUUAAAAGAGUUGAAAUCAAUUAAAUUUGAACACAAUAUGUUAUCUAAUGAAUCAAUUCAUAAUAAUGAAUUUAGUGUAAUGAAGAAAUUGCAAACACUAUCAUUACAUAAUAAUUCAUUCAGAUCUUUAGACAUAGGUGCUCUGGAACCCAUUAAAGACACUUUAAAUUACUUAAAUUUGUAUGAGAAUCUAUUAUCAGGACCAAUAAUCAAAAACAGUCAAAUACGUUAUCAAAAUCUGAUUGAGUUUAAAAUUUUAAUUCGAAAUAUUGAUCUUGAAUUAAUACUACACUCCCUGGAUAGUAUAAUGCCAAAUCUUGAAAAUUUAUAUAUACAUCAACCAACUAAACACAAUAAAGACAAAUGUAGGCCUAAUACGGCUUUAAACGAUCUAGAGCCAACCAACUUUGGUCAACUUGAACUGCAAAAACGACCAUUUGCAUAUUUGAAAACAUUUGAAUUAAGUGGAUAUCGAUUUAGAGACGCAUCAGAAUUUGAAAACUUCUUAAUUUUUGUUUCUCAAACACUUAAUCGCCUUAAAAUUGAAGAUUGUAACCUUGAAGCCACAUUUUCUUGGCACAAUUUACCUGAUAUGAAACAUCUAAAAUAUUUGUCACUCGAAGAAAAUAAGAUUUCCAUAUUUCCAGAAGAUAUCUUAAAAAAAACUUCCCGUUUGUCCCAUUUAGAUAUGUCCUCAAAUUGCUUGAAAAAAAUUAGUUAUUCUGUUAUAUCUAAUCUAACAGAUAUUGAAAUGAUUGAUUUAUCGGAUAAUGAAAUAAAAAAUUUAGGAAGUGAUUUGUUUCAGCUACCAAAACUUCAUACGAUGAUUCUUUACAAUAAUGGAGUAAAGAAUAUCAAUGCCGAUUUUAUAUCAGGCUUAAAUGGUUUAACAUAUCUUGAUGUAAGUAAAAACAACUUUCAAUGUGACUGUGACUUGUACCGAUUCAGAAAUUGGUUAAAUACAGAUAAAAAAGUAAAUUUACCUGAUUUGGCAGAAUAUGAAUGUAGUAGGAAUCAGGAAAACGAAUGUCUUCUUUUGGAAUACAAUCCUUCAAGGUUUGUUUGUUUCAGUAGAACUAUCUUGAUUUGUAUUGGAUUAGUUGUUGGUAGCAUUUUCAUUGUAUCGUUAGCAUCGUUUAUAUGUUACCGUAGACGUUAUUCUGUGAGGUUUGCCUGGUACUGGGUUAAGAUUAAAUGCCGACCUGGAUUGCAUCAUUAUCAACCAGUUUUACAGGCUACUAACGACUUUGAUGUUUACAUCGCUAGCAGCCCAAAUGAUUUCUCUUGGAUAAGAUGGACACUGAUUCCUAACUUAGAGGAUACGGAUGAUCCAAUCCGCCUAUGCAUAAAGGAAAGAAAUUUUCCAAUUGGUGGGAACAUCAUGGAAGAUAUCAUCGAAUUUAUUCAGGCUAGUCGAAAAACCAUGCUGAUUCUUACGCCUGACUUUGUGUUAAAUGAAUGGAAUUAUUUUGAACUACAGAGGGCAAUGAUCCAUGCGCUGGAGGAAAAACAAGAUUUGAUAAUACCUGUAUUACUAAAACCGAUUGAAGAUAAAGACCUACCUCGUCUUCUUCGUGAAAUACAAUUAAGGAAAGGAUUUAUCGAAUGGACAGAGCACCCCCUUGGCAAAGAGCUGUUUUGGAAAGAUUUAAUCAAAGCAAUUCGAGACAACUCAACUGUAAAUCGUUACACGCAGUCAGAAAUCAGUAAAUGGCGCAAACGAUCCGUAACAUCUAUGACAUAUAGCAAUGUUAUAUAAAAAGUGAGAGAACAACGCUAAUAUCAUUCAAAGUUGAUAUCUUUCAAAAAGCAACCUGUUUACAGUAUUCUGUAUUAUAGAUAAAAUUUAAAUUUGUCAGUACACCCCAUGCUUAAGGGUAGAUUAAAGACGUAUGUGUGUGUGUGGGGCGGGGGUGUAUGUAUUGAAUAUUGUAGGCAUAAUAAAGUGUUAAGGUCUUCUUCAUGUUGUGUUAUGAGAUGUAAAAAAUAUAUAUACGUGAUGCAUAGCCACCACAUAUAAGCCUAUAAGCGAUUGCUUAAGUCAAAAUAAUUAAAUUUGUAGAAUUUGUAGAAGCUUUAUAAAUAUGCUUUUAUUUUUUCAUCAUAAAACAAACUAUAUGUACGGUACGUUUCACUGACCAUUUUGUCAUUCUGUAUUUUAAUGAGUUGUACAUUUUUGUUUAAAAACACAAAAAUAUGUCUGAUAGGUACCGUACAUAAUCUGGAUUGCUUCUUUCUCUGGGCCCUAUCUAUAUCUCUGACCACCCGGUCGUAUAUGGCAUGGCAAAUGUGUAACCUGUCACUUCGCUCGAGUCACCUGGUGGGGGGGGGGGGUCCGGAAUGCGCUAGAGUAGGGGCGGAUGGUGAUCCCUUAGAGAAUUUAAAUUCUGUUGUGACAGACUGUCACGACUUUUCAACAUUUUUAUUUAUUUAUUGUGCAGCGCACAGACGCUUUUUGCAUUAUGCGCUAUUAUAAGUAGAACUUAUUAUUAUACAUUAUUUAUUAACAUAAACAUGUAAAACGAGCUGCUUGGUAUAUUAUGAAGAUGAUUGAUCUUGGAAUAAACACAAGCUAUUUUCAGUCUUA